GCCGGGCCGGGGCCCGGGGGAGGAGCCGAGCGUCCCGCCGAGGAUCGGGCCCCUCACCCACCCCCGGGACCCUCAGCCUCGAAGGACCGACCCGGGGGGGAUCCGCAGGUACGGUGGGAAACGGCAGCGAUGGAUGGUUCAGCCGCAGAGAGGAGAGGAAACCCCGGGGGCGGGCUCACAUGUCUGCGGGAAACUUGCUUUUCAAAGACACCCGGCCUUGUGUAGCUCCCUGCCUGCAGCGACGCCAUUCUGAUCUUGGCCCCAGCUCCCGGUGGAAGCGCCAAGAGGCCAUGGCUUCCUACCGGCACAACCCAGAAGGUUGGCACCUCCGGCCCACCGGCGGGAUGGCGGAGCUGCUGGAGCCAGUGGCCUCGGCCCCCUGCGCCCCCCGGUCAUCCCCGCCGAGGUCCAUCAGCAGCCUGGACCACCUCCUGCAGCUCCCGGCCCGAGCGGACUCUGCUUACAGUUCCUUCUCCGGCAGCUCCAACGUGCCCGAGCACCCCACCCCCUCACUGGGCGGUGAGCACGAACGCCUGCCCUACAUGGACUCCUACUACGUCCGCGUCAUUUACAACCCCAAAGCGGCCUGCUCGGAUCUCGGGGCCGAACGGCUGGACCAUGGCAGCCCCCUCCACCCAGCUGGUGUCUUGGGACGGCCUGGAAUAAACUCCCAUUUGGAGCUGGGCAGUCAGUCCCCUUCCCCUCCUCUUCCUCCUCCUCUUCCUCCUUCUUCUUUCCCUCCAUCUCCUCCCUCUCGCCUGGACAGCUACACAGCUCUCAAGGGCUUGGAUCUCACCAGGCGGGCCACUCCCCUGGGGAAUGGCACUGACCCCAUUGACCCCUGGGCUCCUGGCCCAUGCCUGGCCUCUCCCAUUGAGCCUGGCUACUCCUGUGACCUCUGGGACCCCUGGCAGAAGGGUGAGGGGGCAACGGCAAUGGAGAGGGGAGACUGGGACCCUCUCUCGGAAGCCAGCAAAAAAUGUAUCCAGCAGGUCCCCGCCUGGGCCUCCUCCUUUGUUUUACAUGAGUACAUGCAGUCGAGGUCCCUGCCCAGGUCUCCCCCUCCGGGAGGUGCCCUACCCCUAACCCGGGGGGCCCGAGGACCGGUGGGCAUGGCUUCUCUGCAACCCCCGCCCCCCCUCGGCGACACAGAGAGCCAGCCGAGCAGUGCCGUUGGCUGUGAACAUCGGCCUCGCUGGGGAGGAAACAGCUUCUCGGACCUCGGGUCGGGGCUCGGAUUGCAAGGGGAUCCGCCCCCGGGACCCCACCUUUCGGAGCCGUCCCCGGCCCGGGGCAGCAGCGGGGUCUCCCGAGGGCCGAGCCGCCCUCCGGCUGGUGAGUCGGCGCCCGAGGGCCACGGCCUGGACAGGAGGCCGAGCGUGGCCAGCUGGAGUCUGCAAGGCCGCCCGGAGAGAGAGAGAGAGGGGGGUAGGUGGGGUGGGCGAGCCCCACCCCCAAGGCAACACAUGGAGACCCACUCUGAUCCUGGUGGGGCCAACGCGGUGGAACAUCUGGGGGACGGGCAGCUGGGUGGGUGGACAGACCUCCCACCCUGCCACGGGCCUGCCGAGGGCGGACUGGGCCAGGCCCCACUCGGGUUCUGGAGGGAGACCAUCAUGGGAGUCAGCAGACCUGACCCUUGUCCUCCCUCCCAGCCAGAGGAAGCGGUGAAGGCCACCCCUGGCCUGGCAGCCCAGCCUCCGAGGGGACCAGCGGUCCGGGGCCCCCGGGACCAUCCCGGGGAGAAGAUAAGCAAGCAGGGAACCCCUCUACUCUAUUACCUCUCAGGGGGGAGGGUCUCGGGCCUGUUGAGCCCCGCGGAGCCGCUUUCGGAGAGCCUGCCCCAGACGCCCCCAUCUGGCCCUAACCCCCCGGUCUCUGCUCCAAUCAAGAUCCGGGGGGAAGGCCGGCUACAGCCCGUGGGUGCUGAGCUACAGUUGGAGAGUGGGGAGCCCCUCCUGGCCAGCCCUGCCUCCUCACUGGAAGAGGGCUUCAAGUUGGACUACAGGGAGCGGCUGAAGGUGGCCCAGAGGAAGGUCCUGAGGGAGACAUCCUUCAAGCGGAAGGAUCUGCAGAUGAGCCUGCCCGUCCGGCUCCGGCCAAAGCCCUCUCAGAGGCCCUCGAUUGAGCACCUGCGCUCCUUCUCCCUGUCCCACACCCCGCGGGAAGGCCAGGCAAACCCGCCCGAUGUGGCACCGGAUACCGGGGUCCAGGACGAGGCAGCUGGGCAUCCCCAGGCUGGGCGCAGCGCAGGGAGGAAGAGGCUGACCAAGGAGCAGCGGAAGUGGUGCUUCUCGGAACCCGGGAAGCUGGACCAGGUGGGCCAGGGGGCAGGGGCCACCGGGGACGACGAGAGGCCCUGGCCUGGCCUGCCAGGGGAAGGGGAGGCGGCGGCGGCAGAGGCUCGGGGGCCGUCCCUGGAGAAGCGCGGGAGGACACUGUCGAGCUCCAGCCUCUCCAAGACCGAGCUGAAGCAGAUCCAACAGGCCGCCCUCAUGCGGUACAUGGAGCGGAAGGCCUGCCAGCGCCCAUCCAGUGCCCAGCCCACGCCCGCACCCCCACAAAGGCCGUCCCCUCACAAGCGUCCCUCCACCGCCAGCAGGCUCUCAGAAGGCGGGUCGGCCGGACCCGGGGUUCCCCGGAGAAGCCCCGGGGCCGAGGCCGUGGGUCCCACCCUCCCGGCGGCUUGGGCUCCGGAGCCCCCCUCUACCGUCACGGCCCCGGGGGCCAGGCCCCGUGACCCUGCCUCGCCCCCGACCCAGGAGCUGCUGAGGAAGGCCCAGCCUCUAGCAGGCAGGGCCGCACAAGGCAGCUCUACCACCGAGUGGCCUUCAGCCGAAGAGCUCCUUGGUCCAGACACCCUCGCCUCUGGGAUGGCCCGAGAGAGAGCCAGGUCGACCCCGUCGGCUCAGGUCUCCCUCCGAGGCGCAGCACCCUCCAGCUGGGCAGGCUGGUCCAGGACACUCAGUUUCCCAGCAGAAAGCGGAGGGCGGCCCCCCUGUGGAGGAGAUGGAGUGGCAGCGGAGGAGCCCGGUACCUCGGAAAUGACUCACCAGAGCUCGGAGCUGCUUCCCCCUCCACGAUGCCGGUGCGACCUAAUGCCCCCUGCCCCCUCGAUGGGGAGGAAGACCGCCAUGGAGACCCCCUACAGCCACCUCCCUGCCCCUUACGAUGCGCCCUGGGGCCGGUCGUGCCUGCCGAACCCCGAACCCCCUUGCGGAUCGGACGGAGCAGAGACGGUGGUCCCCAUGUCCACGAGACUGUCCUGCACCAAGGCCGGGGGUGUUUCUUUCAGCUCGCAGGUCACCUGCCUCGGGACUGGACCCACCCCAGCCUCAGAGUGGCCUGUACCAGGCCCACCUGGCCCUCUUCUACUCUCCCCUCCCUCGUCCCCUGGACCAGAUGACGUUUUCCUGAGAGACUCCCCGCCUGGCCAGAGCAGGCCCUCUGGAGAUGCCCCCUGCCCCUGGACACCCUACGUGGCAACGCUCCCUGCCUCCGUACCAACACUGCAGCCUCCACCUGGGACCUCUGGAGAGAAGCCAGGGACUGUUGAGCCCCAGACCAGCUUCUCUGGUCCUGAGGGCACCGAGCCCAAGCUUAGGGCAGAGAGAAGGAGAGAGGCCUUGAAGGAAGAAGACCCUUAUUCUGCUGUCCCUGCUGUGCUCUGCCAGGCCCCUCCUCUGGAGAGGAUCCAGAAGAAGGAGAGGGAAGCCGGGACACAGACCCCAGCCUGCCAGCCUCUGGGAAGAAGUCCCCAGCACUGGAGAGCUGAGCUUUCCCAGGAACGGGUAGCAGAAAGCCCCAGUCGCUGCCCGGCUCAGCCCGACCGAAGAGAGAAUACUUCCCCGCCAGCCUCGCCCCCGGAAUCCACAGCCUGUGCCUCGCCAGGCCUGGAGGCCAGGGGAGAGUCACCCACGCUGGGGCUCCAGGAGCCCAGGGACCGACGAUGCCAAGAACUUGCUCUAGAGAUCAUUGCCGAAGACCAGUCUCUGGCAGAUGUCCUGUCCCCGUACCCCGCCCGGAAGACAGCUCUGGACCUCAUGGAAGGGCUGUUCCCAGAGAGCUUCACCACCCUGGGGAGAGGAGACAGGAAGCGGAGGGCAAGGCUAGGAGAGGAGGUCCCCAGCACCGCUGGCGGGGAGCAGAGCCCCGAUAGCCCCGUGACAGUAAUGGUGGCUGACGCCGAACAGGAUCCAGCCCCGGAGGCUGACCCGGCCCCCUCCGAUCCCCAGCGCGUCCAGUUGCCAAGCAAGGGGGCAGCAGCUGACCCUGACGGCAUCACAGCUAAAAAGGCGGAGCUGGCGGGGCUCCUGCGAGACAAGCUGCACGGGCUGCGGGAGGAGCGGCGUUCGGUGCUGGCGGCGGCGAAGGCUUGUGCCCGCUGGGGGACGGAGCUGGACGAGCUGGUGCGCCACACCUGCAAGCCCAACGAGCACGAGCGCUACGCUCAGUUCAUCGGCGACCUGGAGAAGGUGGUCAGUCUCCUGCUCUGCCUGUCCAGCCGCCUGGCCCGCGUGCAGAACGCGCUGGCCAGGGUGGACGAAAGCACCGACGCCGAGGAGCGGCAAUCGCUGAAUGACCGGCUCAGCCUCCUGUCCCGGCAGCGGGAGGACGCCAAGGACCUGAAAGAAAACCUGGACCGGCGGGAACGGGUCGUCUGCGGCAUCCUGUCCAAGCAGCUGCCCCCCGCACAGCUGCAGGACUAUCGAGACUUCGUGCGGACCAAGGCCUCCUUGCUCAUGGAGCAGAAGGGCCUGGAUGAGCGGAUCAUGUUUUGUGAAGAGCAGCUGGAGAGUCUUCAAAGCAGCAUUCCCCUCUGACCCCCGGGCCGGCUCCUCCCGGACAUGUGCUGGCAGGACUCUGGGGGCACAGGAUCGGGGUGUGGGGCACAGAGGUUGGCACUACUUAGGGAGGGCCCUCUGGCCUUCCCAGUUUCAGUUCACACCAAGCGGCUGGGGCCACGGUGUUGACAGGCACUUGGUGGGUGAGCCCUUCCCUGCAUCCCCCUGUCCCUGGAAUCUCCAUGCCCCCGAUGAUAUCAGGACAUUUCAGGUCUCAGGGUCCAGCCAGUGACCUGCUUCCCCUCUGCCUCUCUGCCCUGCUUUUCUUGCCCACGGCGUCUCAGGAAUAAAAGGGAGAGGUCGACCUCAGGCCAGGAGGCUGAAGGGCCAGGGAACUUUGUAGGCAGUGUGUGAGGGGCAGACUGAGGGCACUGUUUCCUCCAGCCCAGGCAGAAAGAGAACUACCUUGACGGGAAAAGCCCUCUGGGUCCAUCCUCAGCUCUCAGCCCCGAACCUCCGGAUCCAGGAGACAGGAACUGGGAGCUCAGGACUGGGAUGGGGUAGGGAGGUGGGAGAAGGCGGUGUCUCCCUCUCCUGUCCCUCCUGCUUAGUCUCGGGAACAUCAGGCAGGCCAGUGGAGUUGUGCUUAGAAAUCUCUUACCGUUGCCCUUGGGUUGGGGGGGUGGGGCUGCUAGGCUUUGGACCCCCUCACCCUCAGGACAGGCUGCCCGAGGGGCAAACAGGCAGGGCAGGGCAGGGCCCAGGGACAGGUGAUACCGCUUCCUCUGUUGGAGCUGAUGCCCCUCCCAUAGGGCCUCAAUUAGCUUCCAAAUUCCAGACCAUUCAGGGACGCUAGUCCGGCCCCAGCCCCAUGCAGCGACCAUCUCUGCCCCAGUUGGGGCCAUUCCCUGGCAGGGCCGGCAGCUGGCCGCCCACUCUCUUCCAGCCAGGGCCCUCCGGGGUCUCUUUCACUAAUUUAUUCUGUUUCUGUAACGUCAGUGAAACGUGCCCUUUCAUCUGGAGACAGUUAUGGGGACCACCAGCUCCCCUCCAGCCUCUCCUCUCUGGCUCUGGGGUCCUGGGCCUGGCAGAAGGGUCCGGGCUCAGAGCCAGGCACCGGAAGGGGCUGCCCGGAGGCUGCCUGGGGUGGGUGUCCUCAGAAAUGUGCUGUGGGAAGAAUGGAUUGAGGAAAAGAGUUUCUUUUUUGGGAUCCUGGAGAUUCUGACAUCAUCCCACCCCCACCCUGUCUCCCAUCCUGCAGCCACCCCGCCCCCAGCCCCAGCAGAAGGUCUUAGGUUAACGCCUUCACUGCCUGAUCUGGCUGCGGCAGUGCCAUCUGCCGGGAGCUUUGCCCGGAGGGGUGGCAGUGCCCCCAUGGCCAUUCCCAUUCCAUCCAGGAUCCGGCACCUGGGGGGUCUGAUCAUUCUCGGACCCCCAGAGCUGAGCACGAUGACCCAGCGACUCCCCCAGAUUGGCUGGGUGAGACUCGUCUGAAGGGAGAAGCAGGAAGGCGGGCGCUGAGCUGGGGGUCCCUCAGAACCUGGGAUACAGUGGGAUACCGUGUUGACCCCCGGGGGAGACGUCAUCCCUCUUCCUAAGUCUGAGCCCCCAGGUUCAGGUCGAGUUGAGGUCUGCCUUGUGGUUUGGAACCGUAUCCGGGGAAUUUCUGAGUCAUCCCAGUUCUGGGGACCACACCCACCCGGCCCAGCCCGGCUGGGGAAAUGCAGGGACCAAGGAGAUGUCCGAGAGCGCAGUCCGCCUCGUCUCCCAGGGGCUCACACCCUAAACCAGGAUUGGUUUCCUGGUUCGAGGAGAAGAGGCCGCCCGAGGCAAUUCCGUCUGACCCCUCGCCCUAUCCUGACCCAGGGUUCAAGAGGGCCCCGGUCUCCUCCCGCAAGCUGCCUGCAGUCAGUCACGGAAGGCUGGGCUGUGGUGAGAGCAGCAGGAGCUGCCAGGGGAGAAAGGCAUCUGACUGACGGGUUCAGGCUUCCUUUUAAACUGAGAACGGCAAGUGUCUCUAACGAAAUCAUUCAGUCCGUCCAGCCACGCUGAUUGUGGAAUGUUUUUCCUUUUCAAAUAAAAAUGAAUCUGCCAAGCGG